AUGAGUGCUGUUUCGGGUGUGAUCUCAAGACAAGUAUUGCCAGCAUGCGGCGUCCUUUGUUUCUUUUGCCCCGCAAUGCGAGCAAGGUCGAGACAGCCUGUUAAAAGGUACAAGAAGUUGAUCGCCGACAUAUUUCCUCGGUCCCAGGACGGAGAACCAAAUGAUCGGAUGAUUGGGAAACUAUGUGAAUAUGCUACAAAAAAUCCUUUGCGCAUUCCAAAGAUUACUAUCUCCCUUGAGCAAAGGUGUUACAAGGAGUUACGAAGUGAAAAUGUCGGAUCAGCAAAAAUUGUUAUCUAUAUUUACAGAAAAUUGUUAGUUUCUUGCAAGGAGCAAAUAUCUAUGUUUGCAAAUAGUCUACUAAGCAUUAUGCAAACCCUGCUGGAUCAGACAGACCAGGAUGAAAUGCUAAUUAUUGGAAGCCACUUUCUCUUUGACUUCAUAAACAAUCAGAAGGACGGAACUUAUAUGUCUAACCUUGAAGGGUUUAUUCCAAAUCUCUGUCAAAUGGCUCAAGAAGAGGGAGACGAUGAGAGAGCAAAACAUCUUCGUGCAGCUGGGCUGCAAGCUCUAUCUGCUAUGGUUUGGUUCAUGGGCGAAUAUUCCAAUAUUUCAAUCGAGUUCGAUGAUAUUGUUUCAGGAGUCCUCGAAAAUUAUGGAGGAAUAAGUGAAGAGUCCAAUGAUCCAACUGAAAGUCAUUGGGUCCAAGAAGUUUGUAAAUUUGAGGGCCAUGACUGCCCUUCACCUGAAGUUGCAACAAAGGUUCCUUCUUGGAGGAUGAUUGUAAAUGAGAAAGGAAAAAAUAAUAUGACAACGGAAGAUUCCAGGAAUCCAUACUUUUGGUCUAGAGUAUGCCUUCACAACAUGGCCAAGCUAGGGAAGGAGGCUACAACAAUGCGCCGCGUUUUGGAAUCUUUGUUCCGCUAUUUUGAUAAUACAAAUCAAUGGCCAGCUGAUCAUGGCAUUGCUCUUGCCGUCCUGAAAGACAUGCAGCUUUUAAUGGAUGAUUUAGGGCACAAUACACACUCUUUGUUGUCAAUACUGAUCAAGCAUCUCGAUCAUAAAAAUGUAGUGAAGCAACCUGAAAUGCAGCUUGAUAUUGUUUCGGGUGCUACUUUCCUUGUUCAACUUGCAAAGGUUCAUUCAUCAGUAGCCAUUGUGACUACCAUGAGUGAUGUUAUGAGGCAUCUGCGGAAAAGUAUACAAUAUUCACUUGAUGAUGCAAAUCUUGGUGCUGAAUCAAUCAAAUGGAACAGAAAGUUCCAUGAAGCAUUGUAUGACUGUCUCACGGAGUUAUCAUAUAAGGUUGGAGAUGCUGGCCCAAUCCUUGAUGUAAUGGCUGUGAUGUUAGAGAACAUCUCAAGCAUUACAGUUAUAGCCAGAUCUACUGUUUUUGCUGUUUAUCGUACUGCACAAAUUGUAGCUUCUGUUCCAAAUUUAUCCUAUAAAAACAAGGCUUUUCCGGAGGCUUUAUUUCAUCAAUUACUUCCAGCUAUGGUCCACCCAGAUCAUGAAACACGAGUUGGAGCUCACCGUAUCUUCUCUGUUGUCCUUGUGCCAUCUUCUGUUUGCCCUCACCCAAGCUCAGCUGCACCUGAGUCGAAGCAGAAUAUAGAGUUUCCAAGAACACUCUCAAGAACUGGUUCUGUGUUUUCUUCAUCGGCUGCCCUUUUUGAAAAGCUGAGGAACCAAAGGACUUCUUCAAGGGAGAAUCUAAACGAAUUAAACAACAAAAAAUCUGUAGGUGAGGAGGAACAGCUAAACAAUAACAGAGGAAUGUUGAACACAAUUAAGUCAACUUAUAGUCAAGUAAAUAGCUUCGGAAGUUCACCAGCACCAGCUGUAGAUUCUGUAACCAAGUCAAGUAAAGACAUGGAUGCCAUUCCUCUUAGGUUGAGCAGCCACCAUAUAACCCUCCUGCUUUCGUCUAUUUGGGCACAGUCCAUCUCUCCUGCAAAUAUGCCAGAAAACUAUGAAGCUAUUGCUCACACGUACAGCUUGGUUUUGCUCUUCUCUCAAACUAAGAACUCCCGACGUGAUGCUCUAAUCCGAAGUUUUCAGCUGGCAUUUUCUUUACAGAGUGUUUCUCUUGCAGAAGGAGGACCACUGGCACCAUCACGUCGAAGAUCCCUUUAUGUACUAUCAACUUCUAUGAUUAUCUUUGCAUCAAAGGCAUACAGCAUUCCAAUUGUCCCGCAUGUAAAGGCUAUGCUUUCCAAUGAAAUGGUUGAUCCCUUUUUGUGUUUAGUCAAAGACUGCCAGUUGCAAACUGUUGAUGCAGAAUCUGAUCGUGCAAAAACUAUGUAUGGAUCCGAAGAAGACGAUUAUUCUGCUCUGAAAUGUCUUUCAGAAAUGAAUCUCACUGAGGACCAGACUCGGGAAUCCAUAGUUUCUGUUAUAGUGAAGAAUUUGGAUAACUUAUCAGACGUCAAAAUUUAUUUAGACUGUUUUGAAGAAUCAACAAUACAGGAUCAGCUGCUCAAGGAAUUUAAACCUGAUGAUGUUUGUCCUAUGGGAGCACAGUUGUUCACAGAUACUCCGAAUAGAGUGCAUCAGCUGAAUUCAAAUAAACAUAAAUCUGUAGAAAAGGCUGCUUCUAUUAUUGGAAUAGACGAUUCUUUUCCAGAUUCAGUUGGAAGCAGUUUUGCACACAAUCCAAAUUUGGCCAAUGAAAUUCCAAACUUUUUGAGUGUUGAUCAACUUCUUGAAUCUGUCUUGGAGACUGCACAAGAAGUUGGGAGACUUUCCGUAUGCACUGGACCUGAUGCAUCUUAUAAUGAAAUGGCAAAUCACUGCGAGUCACUUUUGAUGGGAAAGCAGCGGAAAAUGUCUCUAAUAAAUCGACAUAGUCUAGGAAGUCUCUCAAGCAUUUCCUCAAGGAAUUCCGAUGAAGGCAAGAAACAGACAGCUUCGCAUGUCCUUGCUGAUAAGGAGUUCCAAAAGGGCAGGAAUCCAACCCUGGACGUACCCAAAAUUCCUCGUCAACCAUCAAUCAACGAGGUUUCCAUGCUAUGUGCAGCUGAAUACAAGCAUCACCCACAACCCUUCAUGCUUCCAGCAUCAAGUCCAUACGAUAAUUUUCUAAAAGCUGCUGGAUGUUGA